GUUGUGACAGCCAUGUCUCUGGAGAUGGAGAAGACCAUCACCAAGCUGAUGUACGACUUCCAGAGGAACUCCACCUCUGAUGAUGACUCUGGAUGUGCACUGGAGGAGUACGCCUGGGUUCCCCCCGGCCUGAGUCCCGAGCAGGUGCAUCAGUAUUAUAACUCCUUGCCGGAAGAGAAGGUCCCUUACAUCAACAGCCCCGGAGAGAAACACCGCAUCAAGCAGCUCCUUCACCAGCUGCCGCCGCACGACAACGAGGUGCGUUACUGCAACGGGUUGGACGAGGAGGAGAAGCGAGAGCUGAAGCUCUUCAGCAACCAGCGGAAGAAGGACAACCUGGGCAGAGGCAACAUCCGCCCCUUCCCCCUCACCAUGAACGGGGCCAUCUGUGACAAGUGCGGUGGUCAAAUAAACGGAGGCGACAUGGUGGUUUUCGCCGCCAGGGCGGGUCACGGUAAAUGCUGGCACCCUCAUUGCUUCGUCUGCAGCAUGUGCGACGAGCUGCUGGUGGACCUCAUCUACUUCUACCAAGAUGGCAAGAUCCUGUGUGGCCGGCACCACGCCGAGAGGAUGAAGCCCCGCUGCACCGCCUGUGAUGAGAUCAUCUUUGCUGAUGAAUGCACCGAGGCGGAGGGCCGGCACUGGCACAUGAGGCACUUCUGUUGCUACGAGUGCGAGACCACCCUCGGCGGCCAGCGCUACAUCAUGAAGGACGGGCGGCCUCACUGCUGCAACUGCUUCGAGUCCCUUUACGCCGAGUACUGCGACGCGUGCGGAGAACACAUAGGCAUCGACCAAGGCCAGAUGACGUACGACGGGCAGCACUGGCACGCCACCGAGGAGUGUUUCUGCUGUGCCCGAUGCAAGCGCUCCCUGCUGGGCCGCCCCUUCCUGCCAAAGCAAGGCCAGAUCUUCUGCUCCCGGUCCUGCAGUGCCGGACAGGACCCGGACGAGUCCGACUCCUCCGACUCGGCCUUCCAGAGCGCCCGUUCCCGCGAAUCCCGCCACAGCACCAAGAUUGGCAAAAAGGAGCGCAGGAGCGUGGAGCAGGAGCGGCGGGGCGGCGAGGCCCGCCCGUCCGGCCCGCCGCCCAUGCCCGACCGGCUGUCCGCGGAGAUCGACCCCCUCUCGGUUCAGAUGGACCGCUUGAGCCUCUCGUCGAGCCAGACCCCGAGCAGGACGCCCAACCGCACGCCCAGCCGCACCCCGAGCCGCGCGCCGAGCCUCAACCAGGUGUGGAUGAGCCGGGACGACCCCUACGUCCCGGCUGCCUACGAGGGCCCCCAGCGGGAACCCUCCCCAACGCCGGCGCCGAUACAUCUGCUGGCUCAGUGUAACCCGAGGCAGGGCUACAACCCCAACGCCAACGCUCAUCCUCCAGCUCAGACUGCCGCCAACCCGGGGAAGAGGCCCGACUCCUGGGGGAAGGAGCAAGGCAACGCCAAGAGGACCCCCAUGGCUGCUCUGAGGGGCCACUCCUUCAAUGAGAACUGGACCCACCACAGCCAGGACGAGUUCAGACCCAACAAGCUGCGCACCCAGAUGAGCUUCAAUGAGAUGUCGAGCCAGAACCAGGGCUUCUCUGACAAGAGGAGCAUCAGCCUGCACGGGUUCCAGAGAGACGGCAGACCCCCGCUGACCCGGAGGAACCCCAUCAACGCCAUGAGCUUCAACGAGCCCCUCACCCCUCUAGAACAGACGCCUCGUGGGUCCACGGAUUCCCUCAUUAUGUCCAACGCUACAGCGGGCAACUCUCUGGACGGGGUCAGUAAGCGCCAGGAGCACCUGUCGAGGUUCUCCAUGCCCGACCUGAGCAAAGACUCCGGUGUGAACGUGUCUGAAAAGAGCCACAUGGGCACCCUCAGCUCCUCGUUCCAGUGCCACAGCACCGAGUCGCUGUCCUCCUCCCGGCCCUACAACAACAACAUGUACGCUCCCCUGAGGGUCGGCUACCCGCUGCAGUACUGGGACGGCCCCCAGCCGCUGGGCUUCGACGGCAAAGGUCGCGUCGGGGUCAUGGGCAGCAGCGGGAACCUGCGGAUGGCUCCCAUGAGCGACAGGAUGCCCCGCCGGCGCAUCAACGGGCAGGAACCCGCGGCGUCGCAGCAGCAACCGCAGCAGCAGCCGCAGCCGAGGCGCCGCAAGCACCACCGCGGGAACCACGGCGGCGGGCAGCACCGCAGCGGCCGCCACCACAAACGCUCUCGCCGCUCCCGCUCCGACAACGCCUUACACCUGGUGGCGGACCGGCCCGCUCAAAUGGCGGAGCCGCCAUACCGCCGCGUCCAGGAGGAUUACACCUGCUUCCCUGCCGGGAACGCCGCCCGGGAGUUGUUCGGCCUGGAGCCGGGCGGGUACAGGCAGCAGCCCCAGCGGCCGUGCCCCCGCACCACUUCUGAUCUCACCCUGCAGAACGCCGGCUGGCAACCCCCGGGGCUGGGCGGGCCGUGCUGGGGCGACGGGUACGUGGAGGCGGCCGACCCCUGGUGCUCCAGCUGCUCCUCGUCCUCCGAGUCGGAGGCGGACGAGGGUUACUUCCUGGGCGAGCCGAUCCCGCGGCCCGUGCAGCUUUGCUACAUCAACAACGAGGAGCUGCGCCACCGCUACAGCCCCUCUGGGAUCGCGGCCCACCACGGACCUCUGCACGGGCCGGUUCACGGCCAGCUGCACACCCGCCAACGGAGGAAGAGCAAAAACUGCAUACUUUCUUAG